UAUAAUAAUAUAUAGUAAAUUUAAGAUAAAAUAAUUCAAGUAGCCCCAGGCUUAUGAUUUCAGAAAAUGACUCUUCCAGGCACCUCUUAUUUAAGCACCUCCAUCCACUCCUCUCAUUCCAACAAACUCACCAGCAUUCUCUUACAAAUCUCCCCAGUUCAAGCUUCAAUUCGAAAUCUCCCUUCAGUACUUCAUCGAAUCAUUUCUCGCAAAAAAAAAAAAAAAAAAAAAUCUGUACAAAUAUUUUCCUGCAAUUCUGAAAACCUCCCUAAAUAGUACUUAUUCUCUUCUGCAUUUCAGUCGAAAAAAAUGUUUACUGCUAUGGAUCAGACCGAUUUUCUAGCUCGUCGAUGUGUCUGGGUGAACGGGCCAGUGAUCGUUGGAGCUGGACCUUCCGGGCUAGCUGUUGCAGCAUGCCUUAAGGACCAAGGCAUCCCCUGUGUUGUACUGGAACGAGCUGAUUGCAUUGCUUCUUUAUGGCAAAGGCGUACUUAUGAUCGCCUUAAGCUUCAUCUCCCGAAGCAAUUCUGUCAGCUUCCUAAGCUCCCAUUCCCUGAUCACUACCCUGAGUACCCUUCAAAGAAGCAGUUCAUUGAUUAUCUUGAAUCAUAUGCAAGAAAAUUCGACAUUAGGCCACAGUUCAAUGAGUCUGUCCUGUCAGCCAAGUACGAUAAGGCCUGUCGAUUGUGGAGGAUCAAGAGUGUUAGCACCUGUGGCUCUGUCAGCUCAGAAGUUGAGUAUAUCUGUCAGUGGCUUGUUGUGGCCACUGGAGAGAAUGCAGAGCGUGUCGUGCCAGAAAUUGAAGGCCUCGACGAGUUUAAAGGAGAAGUUAUUCAUGCCUGUGAGUAUAAAUCAGGGGAAAAAUAUAGUGGCAAGAAGGUUUUGGUUGUAGGGUGUGGAAAUUCAGGCAUGGAAGUCUCUCUUGAUCUUUGUAACCACAAUGCCAAACCAUCUAUGGUGGUACGAAGCUCGGUUCAUGUUUUGCCAAGAGAAAUCUGUGGAAAAUCGACGUUUGAAUUAGCCAUGGUACUAAUGAGGUGGUUACCUCUGUGGCUAGUUGAUAAACUUGUGCUACUUUUGUCAUGGUUCAUUCUUGGAAAUACUGAAAGCUAUGGGAUCAAAAGGCCAUCAAUUGGUCCUCUGGAAUUGAAGAACAUUCAUGGGAAGACUCCGGUUCUUGACAUUGGUGCUCUAGAAAAGAUUAGAUCGCGUGAUAUCGACGUUGUUCCUGGAAUCAAGAAAUUCUCAAAAGGCCUGGUACAGCUUGUUAAUGGCCAAGAACUUGAAAUUGAUUCUGUUGUUUUGGCUACUGGAUACUGCAGCAAUGUCCCCUACUGGCUCCAGGAAACUGAUUUCUUCUCCAAGAAUGGUCUUCCUAAGACACCUUUUCCCAACGGCUGGAAAGGUAAUGCCGGACUAUAUGCAGUCGGGUUCACCAGGAGAGGGCUUUCUGGCGCAUCCUUAGACGCGACUAGAAUAGCACAAGAUAUUUCCCAGGUCUGGAAGGAGGACUUGAAGCAGAAGAAACAAAAAGUCCCUACUCUUCGACGAUGCAUUUCAACAUUCUGAUCACUGGAAUUAAUCCCUAUUCUGCAGCAAUGUAAAUAAUGUAAAAAAUACAGAGGAACAAAAACCAUAGCACACAUACAACAUACUAGGCGUCUCCAGAAAGCCCGAGUUUAGAGAUUUUCAGGGCAUUUUUGUAUACUAAUUAGAGGAAGAUGAGGCCUUUUUAUUUUC